AUGACUGAUGAGCAAGAAUAUUGUGUGCUUUGCCCCAAGAGGAACCCUGGCACGGGUACUUGGAUAUGCUGCGACGUCUGCGAGACUUGGUAUCAUGUCCGCUGUCUGAAGAUGACGGUCGAGGAGUUUGAGGUUAUUGACCAGUACCACUGCUCAGACUGUGCCCCCAAGGCAGGACCCAGUACCGUGCUUCGUAAGUCUUCGCGUCGGCAGGGAAGGAUCAACUAUGCAGACCUGGUCAAUGGGAUUGUGAGUCAUCAGAGCAAGUGGCGUGUCGUACUGGAUUCACACCAGUUCCAGCUGGACAAAUUCGAGAGGAUUCAAGGAAAGGACCUGACACUAGACUGGCUGCGUGCAACGGGAUUCAAGGAGCCAGUCAUAAUCAAAAGAGACGAGGAUGGGACAACGGACGGACUGGGAAUGAAGAUGCCAGCAGCGACACUGACCGUAGAUGAUGUCCGCGACUAUGUUGGAGCUGAUACACCUGUUGAGGUCAUUGAUGUCGCGACACAGUCAGAGGAGGCAGAUUGGAACAUGGCCUCCUGGGCGGACUACUUCAAGACUGAACCCAAGGAUAGGGUUUACAAUGUCAUCAGUCUUGAGAUCACAGGCACACCCCUCGCCGACAAAGUGCAGCGUCCAAAAGUUGUCAGGGAGUUGGACUGGAUCGAGAACUUUUGGCCCAAGGAACUUCGACCAACCGAGUUCCCCAAAGUGCAGCUGUAUUGCUUGAUGAGCGUUCGGGACUCUUACACAGAUUUCCAUAUUGACUUUGCGGGAUCAUCUGUGUUUUACCAUAUUCUUUCGGGAUCAAAGACGUUUUACUUUGUGGAGCCAACACCGACUCAUCUCAGGAAAUAUGCGAAAUGGUCAUCGUCAGCGGAUCAAUCGACGACUUUCUUUGGAGAUGAUGUGCCUGGAAAGUGUUACAAGGUUGAGCUGACGCAAGGCGACACCAUGAUGAUCCCGGCGGGGUGGAUUCAUGCAGUGUACACACCUUCGUCGUCGGUGGUCAUUGGCGGCAACUUUGUGCACUCGCUCAACAUUCCAAUGCAGUACAGAGUUGCCGAGAUUGAGGGAGAGACGAACGUGCCUCCCAAGUUCAGAUUCCCAUACUUUGAGAAACUAAACUGGUUUGUCGCCCUUGGUUGCUCCGAGCGAGGCCCUGAUUACCUGUCCAGCUUGUCAGAGGCUGAGCUCUUUGGACUGCUGGCCCUAACGACGCACCUCUACCAACGACAUAGGAACCUCAAGCGGGAUCCAAACCUCAGCAAAGACGAGCGACACAUGAUUCGAGCUAGUGUGCCUCAGGAAGUCACUACAGCUUCAUCUGAUGACACUGUCGCUGUGCUGCGACGACUCAACCAAACUGUUUGCGACAUAUUAAAAACAAAGAAGGCGACGAUUGUCAUCGGCCUGGAGCUGCAGGUCCCUACUAAGGAAGAGGAGGAGACACAGGACAAGUCGACAAAGUCCAAGAUUAAAAUCAGAAUCAAAUUGAACUCGACACCUUCUACAACUCAUUCUGGAGACGAGGAGUCAACUCAGGGAGAGCAGCAAGUCCCUAUUUCGACCGCACCUUCCAAACUCAAACUGAAGCUGCCAACCUUCUCAGCCAUAACCACAGCAACGACCACCAAAUCAACGAAAUCUAGGCGUAAGAGCAAGCGACCCGUCAAGAACGAGGACGAUGAUGAGAGCGAGAGUACGUUGGAUGGUGCGAGCGAUGGAGAGUUGGAUGAUCAGCUAGAGACGGACGAUGAUGAGUGGAACGAGUUUGAAAAUCAAUUGGACGAUGUCUUUGACGAUGGCCAGGACCAUGAGAUCGACGACGAUGGAGAACUGGACAUGCGGUCAUCCGACUCGGAAUAUGAUGAGGUCACACGACCCAAGCGUGUGCGAAACAGGAAGAGCUCCUCGGGGGUCACGACAAAGUCUUCGUCACCAGUGACACCAACCUCAGCUAUCACCAUCCCAAUGACGAACCCUCGUGUCAAGCGGUCAUCGUCCGAGACGGUGUACUUUGGUGAUGUUGAUGGCCCGACUGUGGACUAUGUCCUUCCUUCCUCAUCUAUUCGCCGCAAGGAGGUGAGUGAUGAUGACGAGGACGAUGUUGUGCUUGGACUGGGCAAGAAACGCAAGUCGACGGCGAUUCAUUCUCUGGGAGGGCUGGCGCCUUCGAUGCCAUUUGGGUCGACAGGUGGUAGCGCCAAUAAGAGAAAGGUGACUGGAGGCGGCACGGCCAAGGAUCGUAUCAAGUCUUUGCUGAUGAGGCGUCGUUAG